CGAGAAGCCUUCAAAGUACCCAAGUCGCCAGCUCACCUGUACGUUGGUUUGCUUUCAAGCGAUGGAAGGUAACAAAGACGAAGCCAUCAAAUGUCUUUCAAUCGCACAAAAAUACAAGGAUGCUGGUAACCUCCCUUCAGCCCGCAAAUUUUGCCAAAAAUCUAUAAACCUGUUCUCCACGCCCGAGGCUGCAAAGCUUCUUGAGUCUAUCGAGACCGCAGAGGCAUCUGGAUCGUCUUCCUCGUCAGCUGGUUCAGGCCCUUCGACGUCAAAUGGCAAUGCGCAGGCUUCGUCGUCGUCUACAGAGACACACCCAUCCGCUUCUGGUGCUAAGCAUCGGAGUACGGGCAGUGCGAAUGGCACUGCUGGAGGGAUGGGAGGAGAGAAACGGGAAUUCACUGCUGAGCAGUUGAAAGUUGUGAAACGGGUGAAGGCUUGCAAGGCUACGGAGUACUAUGAAAUCUUGUCCGUCAAGAAGGAUUGCGAGGAGGCUGAGAUAAAGAAGGCAUACAGAAAGCUUGCCCUUGCGCUACAUCCUGACAAGAACGGUGCUCCUGGAGCAGAUGAAGCAUUCAAGAUGGUCUCCAAAGCAUUCCAAGUGCUUUCAGACUCCCAGAAGCGAGCAAUUUACGACCAAUCUGGGUCGGAUCCAGAAUCGCGUUCUGGUGGCAUGUCCUCGCGUGGGCCCGGCUUCUCUGCAAGCCCAUUCGGUGGCGAAGGCGAGAUGAGUCCAGAGGAUCUUUUCAACAUGUUCUUCGGAGGAGGCGGUAUGGCGAUGAACGGUGGAUUUGGAGGCGGUCCUUUCGGUGGCGGUCCAGUAUUCACUGCAUCGUUUGGCCCAGGAGGCUUCCGGACGCCACGUAUGCGUACGAAUAUGGGGGGCGCACAAGCACAGCAGCAGGGUGAAGGGGCGCAGGGUCGCUCGCUGCUUAUGCAGCUCCUGCCCCUCAUAUUACUUAUUGCGUUCUCAUUCCUCAGUGCAAUUCCGGACAUGUUCUCUACGUCGAUACCCGAACCGCGGUAUUCCUUUUCACCAACAACACGUUUCAAUACUGAACGGCAAACGAGUGGACUUGGCAUAAAAUACCAUGUUAAUGAACACGAGUUCAAGAACCAUCGGCAGAUUGCAGCUGACAUUGCUGGGGGUGCCCAUCGACGCGGAUCGGCUCUGUCAAGAUUUGAAGGGCAAGUGGAACAGGUUUACACCAAUAAUCUCUAUGGCGAUUGCCAGCGUGCAGUUGAUAGGCGGCAACGGAGGAGAGAUGCAGAAGUCGGUUUAUUCGGUGUUGGCACGGACUGGGAGAAGGUGAAGGCAAUCGAGGCGGAGAAAAUAGAUAGCUGCGAAGAACUGAAGCGUCUGGGCGUCAUAAAGUCGUGAAGACUGGGUGAACGCCUUGGAUUACCCUUGGACUUGCACACUGUUGGCUUAAUUACCUGUUCGAUUAUCCAUCGUACCCCCCGCCAACUUGGUCACCCUAUGCUUUAUUUAUACCAAUGAUGUCGUCUUCGCUUUC